AUGCCUACACAAGUCCGCAUUUUUACCAUGCCAAAGUCUCUUGGCGAGACUCUUUCUGCCCCAGAACAUACGGUGGCAGCUCCUCGCUCCAUCCCAGAGUACCCAGAGAUACCCAAGCCCACCACCAGCCCCGGUUUGAGGGCCCGCAAGUACUCCAUCUCCAUGUCGGCCCACGAGGACAAGCCCAAGGGGGGCGUAACCUUCGCCCACCAGGACAAGCUUCCCAAGCUGCCUAUCCCCGAUCUGGACCGCACUUGUCAGAAGUACCUGGCUGCCCUCAAGCCGCUCCAGUCUUCUAGAGAGCAUGCUGAGACCCGCCACGCCGUCGACGAGUUCUUGAGGGGUGAGGGGCCCGAAAUGAACGAGAAGUUGAGGAGGUAUGCGGAAGGGAAGACCAGCUAUAUCGAGCAGUUUUGGUAUGACUCAUACCUCAACUUCGACAACCCGGUUGUCCUGAACCUGAACCCCUUCUUCCUCCUCGAAGAUGAUCCCACCCCUGCCCGCAACAAUCAGGUCACACGAGCUGCGUCGUUGGUGGUGUCGGCACUGGAGUUUGUGAGGGCCGUACGCAAGGAGGAGCUACCCCCUGACACGGUCAGAGGCACUCCUCUCGACAUGUACCAGUACUCACGGCUGUUUGGAACCGCUCGAGUCCCAACGGAUGCCGGCUGCCAGAUCGAACAGGACCCAGACUCCAAGCAUAUUAUUGUCAUGUGCCACGGCCAGUUCUACUGGUUUGACGUACUGGACGACAACUCGGACCUGAUCAUGACGGAAAAGGACAUUGCUAUUAACCUGCAGACUGUUGUUGACGACGCCACACAAACCCCGAUCCAGGAGGCUGCCAAGGGCGCACUUGGGGUCCUCAGCACGGAAAACAGGAAAGUCUGGUCGGGACUGAGAGAUCUCUUGACCAGAGAAGCGGGUUCAAACAAUGCCGACUGUCUCAAUAUCGUUGACACUGCACUCUUCGUCGUCUGCCUAGAUUACACCGAGCCUGCCAGCGCUGCCGCGCUCUGUCAGAACGUGCUCUGUGGCACCAGCGAGAUUGAGAAGGGCGUUCAGAUUGGCACCUGCACUAAUCGCUGGUACGACAAGCUGCAGAUCAUCGUAUGCAAGAAUGGAAGCGCUGGGAUCAACUUCGAGCACACUGGCGUCGACGGCCACACUGUGCUGCGUUUUGCCAGCGACGUCUACACGGAUACCAUUCUACGCUUCGCGAGGACCAUCAACGGCCAGGCUCCAACACUUUGGGCUUCGACGAGUCCGGAUCCGUCCAAACGCGACCCCGAGAGUUUUGGCGAUGUGAACACGACUCCAUACAAGCUAGAGUGGGAUAUGAUCCCCGAGCUGAGCAUUGCAGUGCGUUUUGCAGAGACCAGGCUUGCCGAUCUGAUCCAGCAAAACGAGUUUGAGUGCCUCGAUUUUGCCUCUUACGGAAAGAAUUUCAUCACUUCAAUGGGAUUCUCCCCGGAUGCCUUUGUGCAGAUGGCAUUCCAGGCAGCCUAUUACGGUCUCUACGGCCGUAUCGAAUGCACCUACGAGCCGGCGAUGACAAAGACGUACUUGCACGGGAGGACCGAGGCAAUCCGCACCGUCUCAGAGGACUCGAUCAACUUUGUGCAAACCUUUUGGGCUGACAACCCGGCUGAACAGAAGAUCGAAGCACUUCGCAAAGCGUGCCAGCGGCACGUAAGCACAACCAAGGACUGCGCGAAGGGACAGGGUUGCGAUAGGCACCUUUAUGCCUUGUUUUGCCUGUGGCAGCGCACCGUGGACGAGGAUAUGAGCAGCGGCAUGAGCAGCAACGGGUACUCGAGCCCCAUAGACGGACUCUCGGACCGUGGCUCCCUCGCUGGUAGCCCCCCGUCCAAGGAGUCGCACUUUCCAGUUGUUGAUGGAGAGCCGCGCUUGGUUUUGCGAGAGCGCGGCGACAGCACCAACACGCGGAGCAGCAGAGACCACAACCACAAUCCCCUGCCUCUGAUCUUUGCCGAUUCGGGCUGGGAUAAGCUAAAUACGACCAUUUUGUCGACCUCUAACUGUGGUAAUCCGUCGCUUCGCCAGUUCGGCUUCGGCCCCGUCUCAGGUGACGGCUUCGGCAUUGGCUACAUCAUCAAAGACGACGGUAUCUCCAUCUGCGUAUCGUCACGCCAUCGCCAGACACGCCGCUUCGUCGACACGCUCGAGAGCUACCUCCUCGAGAUCCGCCGCAUCCUGCGCAUCGCGAGCCGCCAGUCCGUCGUACCGAACAAACAGACGCGUGCCCGAGAGAUCGACACCAGCCGCCCCAGGGCGGUCAACCGGCCACGGCUCCGCGGCCGCCUCAUCACGGGAAACGAGGUUAUCAAGUCGCAGAAGAGUCUUACGGGGAGCAUGUCACCGACUGAGGAGAGCUUGGCUAUGAGCGAAGACGAUGAAUUGGGAGGGUAUGGCUUCUUUGAUGCCGGUAUGCUCCUUCAGGCUCUCAGAGCCCGCGGCGAAAAUCUCGACAACGGCGAGACCAAGCCCUCGGAGCGCGCCGCCGUCCAGGCCCGUCGCCGAGAUGUUGGCAAGAAGCUACGGCUGAUCGAUUAUUGA